AUGAGAAAAGGAGACAAUGUCUCUCGACCGCAUAACGACACUCCUGGGAGCGAGGAACUUCCCCCCCAAAAUCCUCUGGCGCCAACACCCCGAGCUGGCGACGAGUCACCGGCUAGCUUCACACCUAUGCAGCUUGGCCCAGCUAGCGCUCAUUCCGGCGGGGCUCCCAGCAUCCACGGCAGCGACAGUACCGUGCGCACAGAUGCUCUUGUCGACGUCAAGGCUGAGCUCCUGGCCAACUGGCUCCACACCAAGCAGGAGGAGCGGGUAUGGACCUUUGGAUCAGCUGGCGAAGGUGUCUUCAUGAAGAAGUCAAGGGGACGCUAUUCCUGCGCUCCCGAUGCGCUUCGUACCGACGGUACAGGUCUCAUUGAAGCUGUUACCGAGUUGAACGUCCGAUGCGCUAUGACCGUCAACACCAGGGCCAUCCAGUACAUUCUUGAGCGAUGCAAUACCCAGUAUGUGCAAAUCCAGAGCGGCCUUCGCUUGCAAAUCGUUCCCGAUUUUGAAGCUUUGCCACACUGUCAGAGGGGUCAGUCCGCUGCUUUCAUCGCCUCACGAGGCAUGCUGGUAGUGUGGCAGGAUGACCCAAAGUUGACGCUCGAACGCGCUGAGUUCAUCAUCAAUUGUAUGAUGAGGAUGAUGUGUGGAGCUGAAUACGGCUAUGAUGCGCACGACUUGGAGUUGGAGAAGUCAGGGAAGAACCCCGCAAACGACAUGGAAGAUUACGACGACUCGCGCGAUUCUAGAGAAGCCAAUGGUGAGGAGGCCCGAGACAUGAAGAUGUGGCAAGCUGCCUACUGCGGAAUGUCCAUUCUUCUCCUGACGGUAGCGAUCGGAUCCGGGUACAGGCAGAUCGCGAUCGAAGAGUUCCAAGCCCCAAAGCACUGGCUUCGUCUGCUCUUCCUCAUUUGCUUGCCCGCGCAAGUCUGGCUAUCAUUGUUCUUCUUCCAAGCUCUGGUCGGUAACUUUGCCCAAAUCAUUGGCCCCACCGAUCAGAUGAAAGAGAACAGCCGCUACUACUCCGGCAAAGCCCCCAGGCGCCUCAACUGUGAUACCUUUAACGGCCCGCUUCCACAUGUAACCAUCCAGAUGCCCGUUUACAAGGAGGGUUUACGCAGUGUCAUUGAGCCCACCAUUCGGUCGCUCAAGCAAGCCAUCUCUACCUACGAGCUUCAGGGAGGAAGUGCCAAUAUCUUCGUCAACGACGACGGAAUGCAGGUUCUCGGAGCCGAGGAAUCCAGGGAGCGCCAGGAAUUUUACGACGAGCAUGGCAUUGGCUGGGUGGCGCGCCCAAGGCAUGAUCCCAAGGGCGAGCACGGACCGGAUCCGUUUGUCUUCGUCCGCCCCGGAAAAUUCAAGAAGGCAUCCAACAUGAACUACGCCCUAAGAAUCAGCUGCAGGGUUGAAGAGGCCAUGGCACAACAUGAACGUGGAGAGAACUGGAGCCAGUUGGACGAGAAUGACCUCUACAGGGAAGUCUUGGAAUCCGUCAGGGCUGAACACGACGGCAGGGCUUGGGUUGAUGGUAACAUCCGCAUUGGCGAUCACAUUCUCCUCGUCGAUUCCGACACCCGUGUGCCUAAGGACUGCCUGCUCGAAGCCGUCAGCGAAAUGGAGCAGGGUCAGGAAGUGGCCAUCCUACAGUACUCUUCCGGAGUCAUGAACGUCACCAACAGCUUCUUCGAAAACGGCAUCACUUUCUUCACCAACAUGAUCUACACCAUGAUUCGAUUUGCUGUCGCUGGUGGAGACGUCGCGCCUUUUGUCGGCCACAACGCUAUCCUGAGAUGGGAGGCACUUCAGAAGGUGGCUUACGAGGUCACAGAAGACGGCCACACGUUCGACAAAUUUUGGUCCGAGGAGACGGUGUCUGAGGAUUUCGAUAUGAGUCUGCGGCUGCAGAGUGCUGGUUACAUCAUUCGAUUGGCCUCAUACCAGGGUGAUGGCUUCAAGGAGGGUGUAUCGCUUACCGUAUACGAUGAGCUUGCACGUUGGGAGAAGUAUGCAUAUGGCUGCAACGAACUCAUCUUCAACCCUUUGAUCUACUGGUUCACCCGAGGUCCUUUCACCAAGCUCUUCCGCACCUUUAUCUUGUAA